UUUGAUUUUUUCGCAUUUGUCUCAAAUGCGAGCGAGUCGCUGAACAAACGCUACGCGUAACGUUACGUAUCGCAAAACGCCGUCGCUAAAAAGGCUAAGAAACCGUUAGACGGGUUAACAUAAACCGGAAGCAAAGUCAAUUCCCAUCGGACGCUCGACUAAUUCUGACAUCCAAAAUGCCAAAAUGUGCAAAAAGAAGUGCUUUCUAAGCGUGUGUCUGUGUGCGUGUGGGCGUGUGUGUACGCGUGUGUUGGUAAACGACAAAUGCAGCUGCUAUAAUUGAUUCUCAGCUUAGCAUACAUAUACAUACAUACAUAUACAAACAACAACAGCACCAAGAUAACCGCAGUCUAGCUAAAUUGCGGGACUUUUGUCCAGCUGUCAGUUGGUCAAACAUUUCAUCAAUAAACGAUACAAUUUCCGUUCUAUUGCGUGCUUACCUUCAACGUGUCUCCGAGUGUGUGUGUGUGCGUGUGCGUUAGUGUUAAUGUGCGUGUUGGCAAACUUUUCAACUUCCGGCCAAGUGACUUCGUUUUAAUUUCUUUUGGCAUUCAUUUUUGUUUUUAUGGUCAAAGGCAUUUAAUUAAUUUUACUAUGGCAAUUUGAACGUCUUGCCUUUGGCCUGAACUUUGACCCCGAAGUCGGUUAACUUUUGGCUACGGCCAUAGCUGUUCCUGCUCCUGCUGCCGCUGCUGCUGCUGGCCUGCUCUACAUACGAGUCCAGACUUUGGCCACACAGAAAGGCAACGGGGUCGCCAGCUCCGCCAUUCAUCAAAUGAUUGAAAUGUAAACGAGUUGCACAUGAAAUUUACUACACUGUGAUAGACGAAGUAUACGAGCAGACAUCCCAUUGGAGUCUGCCCCAACAGCUGCGAUUCAAUUUAAUUGAAUUUCAAUAAGAAUUAAGUAAGCACAGAGAGAGGAGAAAAAGCGACAAACUGUCGACGCUAUCCAUACGCAACUUUUCGGCAAGCAUGCUGAACAAUCUUGGGGCCAAUGUGCUGGGCCCCAAGGAUUGUGAUCUACCCAAGGCAGCGAUCACAGCUCUGCACGCGGGCGUCAACAGCUUCGGCCAACUGCCCGUGCCACCAAAUAUCGCUGAUUUGGGUGGCGGUGGUGCUGGACCUGGUGGUGGAAGUGGACCAGGUGGCGGCGGAGGAGGAGCAGCAAGUCUGGGCGGCGUUGCGCGGCUGCAUGUGACGGGCGGACUGUGCGAUAAUAGCAAUGCCCUAAAUGGUGCAAGCAACCACAACAACAACAACAAUAAUAAUAACAAUAGCAACAACAACAACAAUAGCAACAACAACAACAAUAUGCAACAACAGGAUCAGCACCUGGAUAAAAACAAACAGAAGCGACAUCGCACACGUUUCACACCAGCUCAAUUAAAUGAGCUGGAGCGCUGCUUCUCCAAGACCCACUAUCCGGACAUCUUCAUGCGCGAGGAGAUCGCCAUGCGUAUUGGCCUAACCGAGUCGCGUGUCCAGGUCUGGUUCCAGAACCGUCGCGCCAAGUGGAAGAAGCGCAAGAAGACCACGAAUGUCUUCCGCACGCCGGGUGCUCUGCUGCCGUCGCACGGCCUGCCGCCGUUCGGGGCGAACAUCACAAACAUUGCCAUGAGCGACGGCCUCUGCGGCACCGGGAUGUUCGGUGGCGAUCGCUGGAGCGUGGGCGUCAAUCCCAUGACAGCAGGCUUUGGUCAGCUGAAUCAAACGACUUCGCUGAACAGCGGCCUCAAUUCGGGCAUUAACAUGGGCUCAGCUCUGGGUGCCGGCACCUAUCAGCACUAUGGCUUGAAUGCUUUGGGCGACUCGAUGAUGUAUCAGCAUGGCGUGGGCGGGGGGGUGAGCUGUGGGCCGGGCGGCUCCCCGAGCGCCACGACACCGCCCAACAUGAACAGCUGUUCGUCGGUGACGCCGCCGCCGCCGCUGGCAGCGCAGCCCAAUCAAAAUGAACUCAACAACGAGGCAAUGCCACUUCACCAACAGCAGCAGCAGCAGACACACCAACCACAGCAGCAGCAACAGCAGCAGCAACAACAGCAAGCACACCAACAGAGUCUCACACAUCAACAGCAGUCGGGCACACCAACACAGCAACAACAACAGCAGCAGCAACAGCAACAACAUCAACAACAGCAACAGCAGCAGCAACAACAACAGCAGCAGCAACAGCAACAGGAUAGCUCAAAUUUGCUGCCGCACUGCCAUCAGGCCAUGCAGUCGCCAGAUGGCGCCACCGACGAGGAUGUCUGGCGUGGCCACAGCAUUGCAGCGCUGCGGCGGCGCGCAUCAGAACUAAAUGCAACGGCAAUACCCUCGUAUUUACACCACGCAGCGGCCGCACACAACAACUACGAGCAUCACAAUUCGGUCUACUGAAAUUUGUUGAAGAGCUUUGAAAGCUUUUCGGAUUACGGUUUUUCCAAUUGCGGCACGCACGACUUUUGAAGCGACUGUACGCACCCACACACCGACAGUUUGAGAGCCAAGCGAAAGAGUUUUCAAAGCCAAUUGUACAAUUUCGUUUUUGUGUUUUUGUUUUAAAUAAAAAA